UGAUUUAAAAUUAUUGAGUGGGUUUAAAAUUAGCACGGUCGUGCUAAAGGUAUUUAAAUCGAGUAAACCUUAACUUAUAUUUUGGCACUCGACAUAAAGUCGACGGGCAAACACUAAAACAAUUAAAUGUCUUGUUUGUCGUAGCAAACAUGUUAAUUUACCACCAUGCGAUGUUUAUUAACAGAGACAGUUAACGUAACCUACAGAGAGCAUAACAUUAACAUAUUUACUGAAUGCGUGAUUGGCCUUGACCGACAGCUAUUUUAGGCCUCGUAACGGCAAUAGCGUUGAUCAAUAGUGAAUGUAUGGAGUAUAACAUAGAGAGCAUGUAAACGGCGAAGUCUACCUUGCAGAAUGGCGGGCGUUGGAAUACUUGUUAAUGUAUUAGUGACUUUGAUAUGUAGUUGGAGCGUUUCUGCAAUCGAAGGGACAAAUACAACAGAAGUGACAGAUAAAACAACAUCUUUGCUUCGUGCAGACCGCUGUAAAAAUGUCGUUGAAAACUGUUUCUGCAAAGAAAAGGCUGUGACAUGCAAAGGCGCUAGAUUUACGAAUAUGGACGAACUGUCUCCUUAUAUCAAGUACACGACGACUCGAAUUUCUAUAACGAAUGGCCAACUUACAGAAUUCAGUGGAUUUCAAAUACAGUUGGAUAACCUGGUGUACCUCAAUCUGUCUGGAAACUUGAUAUCUACAGUGGACAUGAACGCAUUUCGAAAUAUGCCGUAUUUGAAUGUCGUAGAUCUUUCGAACAACCCAGUCCGUUGCAUCGGCGAUGUCUUCCAGCCACUGCUCAACAUCAGAGAAAUGUACAUGCGCAACUGCAAUCAUCCAGACACCAUGGGUAAGCUUUGCAUGCCAGAGAAAAUGAUACCAAAUGUCGCAAAUUUGACAUUUCUCGAAGUGCUUGACCUUAGUGCAAACCAUUUUGACACUGUCACAGAGGACUUUAGAGGCUUCCUCUGCAACAAGGCAUUCAAUAUAAAGACGUUGAUUCUUGCUAACAACAAAUUCUCGUAUUUUUCUGUGGACGGCUGUUUGACAAGUCUGGAGCUACUCGAUAUCUCCUUCAACAAUUUUCACAGUCUGAGCGACGAAGAAACAAAAUACAUAGAAAGCAUUGAAAGUCUCGAACAAGUUAAAAUUGAAGGUAACCCUUUCAACUGCACUUGCCAGAUUGCUGGCUUCGCGACUUGGCUCAACACCACCCAGCAACCACUGGAUGUAAACAAUAUCAAAUGCCCAGAAGGAGCCAACACGCCCUUUGCCGGUAAACGCAUCGUCGACUUGGAUGCCGUGGCUCUAUGUGGGGAAGCUUCUAUUGCUGUUUGCUUCGAUGGAAGGAAUGGCGAUCACACGAUGCAUACUCGCUCCAUUAACGCUAUUAUAGCAGGCGCAAUGUUUGUUGCAUUUUUAAUUAUUGUCACUGUGAUGCUUAUGAUCUACAAACGACAUAGGGCUAAAAGAACUUUAAGAAAAGGGGGCUACGCAAAUGCCAAUUAUUAUGCUAGUGAACCGUCUUAUGACAGAAUAAAUAAAUAAGAUGUACAAAUGUGUUGUGAUAUUAAGCAAGUAAAAAAACUGACAAGACUUACAGAUAAAGUGGAGAACAUUCAGCAUUUCGAGUGUCAUCGUAACGCAGUCGUUUCAGUGAUGGACGCUAUAUAACAUUACUUUUAGAAUAUAGUGUUCGAAAUUUGAUUUCAUUAAGGAUCAUAUGACGUGGAUAUAUGUUGUGUUCAGAAUACCCACACGUUGUGAAUCUGUGAUAGGUUGUUGUCAAGUGUGAUAUGUGCUGUUUUUAUAAAUCAUUUAUCUGUUUACAUGUGUAUAUUUUUUUUAUACAUUUGUGUCUGUUUUAUACGUCCAUUAUGUAAUAUGCAUGUGAAUUUGCUAUAACGUGUCUCAGCAAUCAAAAUUAUUUGCGUUUUCUUUUAUUAAUACGUUUAAACGUAACUUGCAUCCAUACCACCAUUAUUUUACAUGUUAAACCAAAGAAAAUAAAUGUCCACGAAAAGUCAUAAAUAUAAAUAGAUUCAUUUUAAUCAUCAUAUUAGUGUAUAAGGUAUAAUCUAUAAAACGUAAAUACUUUACACUUUUUUAAUAUAAUCAUAAUGCAAAUGAUCAGAUAUGUGUAUAACAAAAUACUCAGAUGUUUGUUUUCAUAGUCAACAUAUUGUAGUUUUUCAAUUAUUUAUUUACUAUACCAUCAUAUUAGCGUGUUAAGAACCAUAUAAAAAACCGUGGUUGCUUUAUUUAAUCGGAUAGCUUUUGUCACGGUUUUGCAAUACAUUGUUUGUCAUUUAGCCCACAUUUUCUGCAUAUGUACAUCUUAAGUCAAACGAUGUAUAGCUUUGUCGUGAAAUGUUUAUACAAGAACAAAAUCAGUUGUUAGUAAUACAUUGUAUCAUUGUAUGUGAAAAAAUUAAUACUAAAACCACUCACGAAACAUUAAUCGCCAUAACAUUAUAGAUAUAUAUGUAAAGCUGCAGUUGGAUCAAUAUGUCAAAUACAUGUAUAUUAUUUAUUAACUUUUCAUCGCUUGUCUGUAAAGAAUUUUUAGGAUGUCUGAGCUGGUAUUGGAAAAAACACAAAGUAUUAAGUGAGCCCAUUAUCCAUCGAUUUCAAGAUGCUUGUAUAGACAGAACAUUCCUUGCGACGGAAAGUGUAACGUUACUUUCUAAGCUGUAUAACAUAAAGUUAUCUGAUGUAAACCGAGAAAGUUCUUGUACAAAGCGUAUACAGUUCCCAUUUCAUAUUCAUGACAAUGUAUACUUUCUUGAAAUCAAUAUUUCUAUUAAAUUUUCAAUAUAUUACUUGUCACACAUCAGUUUCCUGUUUUACAAAAUUCCUGAAUAAUACAUUGAC